AUGUCUCAUCAACCUCGAUUGCGUCCCAAGUCUUACAUCCCUGGCUAUCCAGAUGCCAUGUACAAUCUUGUUGCGGUAACCUCCCUGUCGCAACUCGAGUCCCGCGCGGGACCGGCGGACGAGAAGCCUGACCAGCGCGUCUUUCGAGUCAAACGCAAGCAUGUGCUCAAGGCAUGCGAUCGUUGCAGAGUCAAGAAGACCAAGUGUGAUGGGAAACAACCAUGCAACCGUUGCUCUGCGUAUAACCAUCCAUGUCUCUUUCGGGAGAGGAAGGCUACGCAAACCAAAGUAUACUCACGCGGAUUUGUGGAGAUGCUCGAGUCUCACCAUUCUUUGGUGGUGAAAGCGCUUCAACGACUCUAUAAGCUUUCUGUCAACAAGGAAGGCUUCCCCGGGGAGCCGCUGCAGGACGCAACCGAUGGCUAUCCCCUGACACACGCUAUCUUGGACCGUUUAGGUCUCAUCAAGCAAGCAGAGGAAAAUGCCGACGAGCCUGAGGAAGAAUCGGAAGACCUUCAGUACUUGCGAUUCCUCUCCACCUCCACUGAUAGUUGCGCUACAACAGACCCAUCCCCCGAACCUGCCACCCCUCCUGAGCCUUUGCAUAGCGAAAGCAGUCCUGUGCUUUCUUCACCCAAGUGCAGCGAGCCGUGGAGAUGUGACGUGCAGCCAGUUGCAACUACUCACUCAGUACAUUAUCAAACCUAUCAACAACAUCCAGGGUAUUCUACCAUGACGGUGCCUCGUACAGACUUGGAUUCUGCGGGCUUUGCAUCCGAGAUGAAGUCUGCAAAUAUGGGACAGCCAAUGGCUGUUCACGAGCAGCCAUGCUACUAUUACAUUGAUACUGACUGUGGCGGAGAAACCACCAAGAGCCAUGGACUGCCGGUCGGCCUGGUGCCGCAGCAACCUGUAACUGGACCCGGGGUGCCCGUGACCCUGAUGAGUGACUAUGCCUUGCACAUCCCUGAACAGCACGCUAUCUAUCCACCACUUGCGGCCGGUUGGUCAUAUCACUGUGGAUAGCUAUAGCGGAUGAACAUAAAGCCUGACCCUUAAUUCCUAUCUUUCUUACGAGCAUACACUCUUCAUCUCAUGAUGUAACUACACAGCCGCGCGGGUGACAGUCAUUCUGCCAUCAUUGAUUCUUCUUUGCGUACACUUGCCAUUUGUUCCUAC